AUGUCCAAGACGACGACGACGACAAAAGCGCCUAGUCCGGCUAUUCCAAGGGCUGACAAUGCCCAACAAGGCGACAAUUUGCUCACUGCAUUGGUCUCUGGUUGCACUGCCGCUGCAUUUACUGCUACAGUUACCUACCCAUUUGAUUUUAUAAAAACUCAACAACAAAUCAAUAAUGACGCAUACAUGAAGAAAUGGAAUAUUCCUGGAAAUUACCCAGCUACAUUGGGCCAAAUGUAUAAAGGUGGAAGUGCAUUAGUGUUGGGAGCAGUUGUCAAGAAUGGGGUUAGGUUAGUUUCGUACAAUUGGGCAUCCAAAUUUAUGUCCAUUGAUUCCCACCAUGGUGAAACAAACAAGACAACGGCACCACGUAUUGUUAUUGCUGGUAUAAUGAGUGCAACAAUUGAAACCGCUUUUUUGAUACCGUUCGAAAACAUUAAAAUUACAAUGAUACAGAAUCAAUCAUUAAAGAAUGAAUUGACUAGAACAAAGGAUAUUGGCUAUGACAUCACGGGAACUAAAGUAGGCCAUCACUCACACCAUCAUCAACAACAUAGUCCUCACGCACCAACAGCUAAGUCCAUUUUUGCACGUCAAUAUGUGUCACCCAAUUCGUACUAUUCUGCUGAAAUAUUGGAUACCAAGAAGCAUAAAGGUCGUUUUCUGACUCCAAUUCCUAAAGGUGUACAAAACAUGGAAAGUUUGAAAGUCCACUACAAUAAGCACCCGUCUUUGACUUUAUUCGGUACCGUUAAGGAAAUGUACAAAUUGAAAGGGAUAAGAGCUUUUACUGCUGGUACCUUCAUCACCUACACGCGACAAAUUGCACUUUCAUGGGUUUGGUUUUCCUCGUAUAAUGCCAUGCGACAAUUGAUCAACCCCCACCAAACUGAAAACGCAUGGUUUGGACAUAAUCAUACUCUCGUGCAACUGCUUGGAUUACACACCAUAUCAUCGUUUGCCGUUAUUGCCGUCACUCAGCCAUUGGAUGUUGUCAAGACCCAUAUGCAGCUGAAAAAUGGGAAAGCAAUUUACAGAGACUCUUUGAGCACAGCUUACAAGUUGUUUAUGAAGCAAGGACCAUUGGCUUUAUUUAAAGGUGCACUUCCUAGAUUUGUCAAAGUCUUGGUUAGUGGCGGAAUGACUGGUAUUAUCUAUGAAUAUGUUGAGAAUGUGGUUAAUGCUGCUGGUGGCCAAGCAAUGUUUAAGCUUGAGUAA